CAAACGCGUUUAAAAAAUAAUAAAAAAAACGUGGCAAAAUGCGUUCAAAAAUUGCAUUCAGUUUUGUGCUCCUGCUCGCCGCAAUCACCAGCUUUCCAGAGGUUCUAGGUAAAAACGUAGACAAACGUUGCGUGAACUGCACGUAUCGUACAUAUUACACCUCCGCCAGCAGCCCGUCACAGUACACAGCACGAGAUGUCAGCGCCGAUGGCUGCCAUGGCAAUCCUUGCGGUGUGAAUGCUGUUUGUCAGGAUGCUGGCGGUCGCCCGGUCUGCUCCUGCCCCCCUGGUCAUAGCGGCAAUCCGCUGACACACUGCAACCGUGGCGAAUGUUUGGACAACAUCGACUGCCGUGGCGAUUUGCAAUGCAAGGAUAAUCGCUGUGUGAAUCCCUGCGUAGGUGCUUGCGGUCUCAAUGCCAAUUGUGAGCCCAAAAAUCACGUUGCUGUUUGCAGUUGCCCCACAGGCUACAGAGGCGAUCCAUUCACUUCCUGCCAUCGUGUUGAUCCUGACGAACAGUGCCAUCCAAGUCCAUGUGGCAUCAAUACCAAAUGUGAAAUUUUGAAUGGUGUGCCCACUUGUUCAUGUAUACAUGGCUUCACUGGCAAUCCACUUAGCGGCUGCCGGCACGAAUGCGAACACGAUGGCGAUUGCAGCGCACGCGACACCUGCAGCAACUACAAGUGCGUGCCCGCUUGCCAGCAGUGCGGCAUAGGCGCCACCUGCAACACAGUCGCUGGACAUCGCGCAGUUUGCGAAUGCCCUAAGGGCUACAUUGGCUCGCCGUACACCGAAUGUCGACCCGAGUGCUAUGGCGACUCCGACUGUCCAUCCAAUCGUCCAGCUUGUUUCUACGGCAUCUGCAAGAACACAUGUGAUGGCGCAUGCGGCGUUGGUGCUGACUGCAAUUUGCGCGGUUUGACGCCUGUCUGCAGCUGCCCACGCGACAUGACCGGUGAUCCGUUUGUGCGCUGUCGCCCAUUCACGAAGGAGGAUCUCUGCGAGCCAAAUCCUUGCGGCACAAAUGCGCUCUGCAUUCCCGGCCAUGACAAUACUGGACGUGAGCGGCCGGUCUGCAACUGUUUGCCGGGCUAUACGGGCAAUCCGUUGUCGCACUGCUCGCGGGGUGAGUGCUUGAGCAACAACGAGUGUCCCGACAACAAGGCGUGCAUCAACUAUCAGUGUGUGAAUCCCUGCAUUGGCAAGUGCGCCUCGGGCGCUACCUGUGAGCCAAAGGCUCAUUUGGCGGUGUGUAAGUGCCCACCAGGUUACUCCGGCGAUGCGUUGGUGUCGUGUCGCCAGACACGCGCCUUCCCUGUGGCGAAAUACGACGGCUGCACACAAUGCGGAAAAUAGGUGGUGGGGCUUCUUGAGGCGGACGUCAAAACUGCCAAGCACGAAAGUGGGUGGAUAUACCAUAUAUUUAUGUAUAUAGAGUGCCGAAACUACUUCGGACUUAUGCUCCGCGUUCUUCGAAUGGCUUUAUGCCGUUAGUUUUUUCUUUUUGUUUCUUUUGUUUUCUGUUUCUAACUCUAAUGCCUUCUAUACACUGCUCUGGAAAUAAAUUAAUAAAAAUGUAUUACUUUGAUUUGUAAAUUAAGCAUAAUUUUGUAAUAAUUGUGCGUUUGACGCGCAGCCGCUUUUCGCAAUAAAUUUAAUUUAUAUUUUGUAA